AUGGAUUAUGAAAGAGAUGUUCUUCUGUGGUAUCUGGGUACUGUUGCCGACAAUGCCCACUACCGGCCAGACUUAAGAAACAAGGCUACCUACAUCAUCAUCUCCUUCAUGCGUCAUGGAAAUGCUUACAGACUCAUGGCUGAGGCUACUGCUUUGGCUAGAGGCGAGCUAGUUAUGUAUCCAUUCCAGCAGGUCAAUAACAUUCCUAGAAAUCUUGGGCUCCCUGUCCGUCGUUUUGGUCAAAACAUUCAGGCAAUCACGGCUGCUUUUGGCAUCAUCCCAACCAACGCGGACUACGAAGGCCACCCAAUCGAGCUCAUUAGCGUCCUUGAUCCCGCUAUUGAGGAAAGCAUGAAUGACAACCUCAGACUUGAGUUCCACCGGGCUCUUCUUGUCAAGGAACAACGGGCAAAUGCCGAUCUCGCCAGAAGCGUUCAGCGUUACGGUUACCACUACAUCUUCAGAGCCGGUCUUCAGCAGUACUACAUGACAAAAACUGUCGCGGAGAUGAUCAACUUCUGGACGCCGGAUCCUCGUGGUAAUGCCUAUCGCGUUCGUACUCAGAACCUUUGCUAUGCAGCGAUCGAGAGGCGUCUUCGACUCAACAAUCUCGAGAAAAUGUUGCUCAUCAGAACGACUCGUUCCCUACCUGGUGAUGCCUUACGCUUCUGGGCUUGGAUUGAAAAAAACCGGGUGGCCUACAACGCGAUGAAAGCCUGUAUUGCACUGCUGAACCGUCUGAACUUAUUUGCUCUUUUCAUCUUCCCAUCGGCGUUUCAAGGCAAAUGGCGAUUAUAA